CUUAGUUUUGCUGAACUGCAGUUCUCUUCUUCACCUUUCUCCACUUUGCUGGAUAAGAUCAUUGGGAUUACUUUAUGUAUUUGUGGAAAGUUGCGUAGAUGACGCAUGGACGUGUGGAUGUGUGAUGAUCCAUUGGAACUGAACUCUUCAUGUGGGGAUAAACCGACCACAAAAAACAUAACAAGGGUUUAAUCAACUAGGCUACUACUAUAGUAAUGACCUUGACUGAUUCACUACUGAACACUAGUAGUUUAAUCCGGUUUAAUGUUUUAUUUGUUGUUUAAGCUUGGUGGGUAGUAGCAAGGACAGAAUAUGUGGUGUUCUACCAUGUCCCCUACGUGUUCGAGAAAAUGACGGCAUGAUGAAAGCAAGUACGACCCUUCAGAAACACUAAUGAUUAAUUAACACUAGUUUACAGUAGUAACGGCGUUGGCUAAUACACUAGUAAUUAACACUAGUUUGCUUUGACUUUAGAGUUUCCUUUCUUGUUUAAGCUUGGUGGCCAGUAGCAAGGAUGGAAUAUAUGAUGUUCUACCAUGUCCUUACGUGGUUAAGAAAAUGACCACAGUAUGAUGAAUGCAAGUAUGACCCUUCAGAAACUGUCCAAAUUUUACCCACUGAUCGCUUGAAAACCAGAGCCAUGUAGGGAGUAAAUUAAGAUGAUGGAUGGAUACUGAUACUCCAUUGAUAAACCGCCUGGCUUCGAGGCAGACUGUCAGUCGACUGUCACACAUCGUGUCUUCACUGCCAUCGUUUUGCAGGCACAGCCGGGAGGAAGUGUUGCAACUCCCUUCCAGGACGUUCGUUGUUCCAGCCUUCCAGUCGAUGGGGGAACUGUACUGUUCUAUUUGUCAGCAGUUUUGAAUGCAUGAAUCAUACCUGAGGGUAAAGAAGAUCGACAAAGAUGGCAGUUGUGGCAGGGGCAAUGACCACCCUCAUUGCUAAGUUGACUACCCUGCUGAUGGAUCAAUACAAGCUGCAGAGGGGUGCAAGGGGAGAUAUCAUGUUUAUCAAAGAGGAGCUCGAAAGCAUUCAGGCUGCCCUUGAGAAGUUGUUUGAGGUGCAAGUAACUGACAGCCAGGUUAAGAUUUGGGAGAGGGAUGUGAGGGAGCAGUCCUAUGACAUUGAGGAUAUCAUUGACACCUUCAUGGUUCACGUCGAGACCCAUUUGCUAGCCAGGCCACAUGGACUCCUCGAAGGGUUCGUGAAGGGAAGUCUGAGCCGGCUGAAAAGAGCAAGGAUUCGCCACAGUAUUGCUACUGACAUUAGACGUAUUAGGAGGCUUGUCAAUGAGGCGACGGCACGCCGUGAAAGGUAUAAGGUUGAUAGUAUUGUUGCUGCUGCCAAGAUGGAAACCAAGAUUGAUCCCCGUUUAGUUGGUAUCUACGGAGAGGCUGCAAAACUUGUUGGCAUAAGUGGCCCAAAGGAAGAAUUGGCCAGGUUGCUGAUGGAGUCAGAGGGCACCACAAAGAAUAAACUGAAAGUGAUCUCCAUCGUUGGAGUUGGUGGUUUAGGCAAGACAACUCUUGCUAAUGUCAUAUAUCAACAGUUUAGACAGCAAUUUGAUUGUCAUGCUUUUGUUUCAGUGUCCUUAAAGCCCGAUUUAAAGAAGAUCCUGGGUAGCAUACUCCGUCAAUUCAGUCAACAAGGCUAUAAUUGGACAGAAGCAUGGGGUGCUGAGGAAAUCAUAAACCAAAUCAGGGAUGAAAUUAAGGACAAGAGGUACUUGAUUGUAAUUGAUGAUAUAUGGGAGAAACCAGCGUGGGAAUGUAUCGAGUGUGCUUUAAUAGAAAAUGACUGUGAAAGCAGAAUAAUCACAACAAGUAGAGUUCUUGAUGCUGCCACACCAAGCUCCUCUGAGGUUGAUCAUACCAUUUAUAAGCUGCAGCCACUUUCUUAUGACAACUCGAAAAAAUUGUUCUACAAAAGGAUAUUUUGCUGUGAAGAUGGUUGCCCAUCGGAACUGAAGGAUAUAUCUGAAAAAACUCUAAGAAAGUGUGAUGGAGUCCCAUUAGCCAUCAUCACCAUAGGCAGUUUGUUGGCUACGAGACCACAAAAUAUAAACCAAUGGGAUAGGGUACACAAUUUAAUUGGUUCUGGACUUGAGAAAAGCCACCAUGUGGAGGAUAUGCGGCACAUAUUGUCUAUUAGUUAUUACGAUUUGCCAGCCGAUUUAAGAGCUUGCUUCCUAUAUCUAACUAUAUAUCCAGAGGAUUACAAUAUACAGAGAGAUCAACUGAUACGCAGAUGGAUAUCUGAAGGGUUUAUCCUCGGAGAAAAUGUGGAUGCUUUAUAUGAACAAGGAGGCAAUUACUUCAGUGAGCUAAUUAACAGAAGCAUGAUUCAACCAGCAUACAUUGACAGUCAUGGAAGGGUACACGCUUGUCGUGUACAUGAUAUGGUACUCGAUCUUAUCACAUCAUUGUCAAAUGAAACAAAUUUUCUGACGGUAUUAGGUGGUCAGCAGUGCACAUAUUAUCCAAACAAGGUUCGCCGGUUGUGCCUCCAGAGCAGCAUAUAUGGGUAUGGCCACACCAUACAACAGAAGAAAGUGAAGUGGCCCCGGUUGAGGUCACUAAUCCUAUUCCCCCAUGCUACCAACUUGUUGCCAUCCCUUUCGAGAUUCCGUAUUUUGCGUGUGCUGGAUUUGGAAGGUUGUCAAGACUUGAAGUGUUGCCAAAUCGAGGGUAUCUGUGAUUUGUUUCAUUUGAGGUCUCUAAUACUGAAGGAUACAAAUAUUAGUAGCCUACCCCCAAAAAUUGGUAACCUAAGUUGUUUACACACACUGGACAUAAGGCACACUGUCAUAACUGAACUUCCGUCAACAGUUGUUUAUCUAAGAAAACUGGUGACCCUACUAAUUGACGCAUCCGUAAAAUUACCUGAUGGAAUUGGGAACAUGGAGUGCUUACAGGAAAUAUCAUUGGUUGGUAUUAGCAAGUCUCCAAACUUUUUGAAGGAUCUAGGGAGUUUGACAGAAUUAAGAAUACUCCAGAUUUCAGAGAGUUCUGGUGUGUGGUAUAAGAGUUAUGAGAAAACUUUGAGUGAUUCCUUGUGUAGUCUGCACAAAAUUCAUGAUCUUUACAUCCAUGGCUGUAAACUGUCCGCUGUGUUCGUAUCAAAUAUAAGAUGCUUUCCUCAGCAUCUCCGAUAUUUUUCAUGUGGCCAAUUAUCCAUGUUGCCAAGGUGGAUCAAUUCAUCCUUAUUGCAUCUCUCCACCAUAGAUUUGAUACUUAACAUACUACGACAAGACGAUCUUCAAAGUCUUGGUGCCUUACAUUUUCUGCAUUGUCUCCGUCUUAAUGUGUUUAAAAUUGAACCUGAAAGGUUGGUUGUUGGCACUGGGCAUGCAAAGUUCCAUAAUCUAGCUGAGUUUUCGUUUACCACUCAUGCCUUGGGGCUUAUAUUUAGACAAUAUUCUAUGCCAAGGCUUGAAAACCUUGAGCUAGCUUUUAAUGUUCAAGAGACAAUGAAUUUUGAUAUUGGCUUGGAGCACCUAUCUUCUCUUAAGGCUGUCACUGUAAGACUUGAUUGUAGGGAUUCCAGAAUUUUUGAGGUGCAAAGUGCAGAUGCUGCCAUUCGGAGGAUUGCAUACAUGAACUCCAACCAACCUAAUGUUCAUGUGAUCAGGCAUUAUGAACACAACAUGAUAAAGGAUGAUGUGAAGGUUCAGAAGGAAACAAAAGAGGGAAAAGAGAUAUUGGAAAAUAAGAUUGGUCCAUGGGGUGGAAAUGGUGGUGUCACUUGCGACAUCAAGGUGGCAUCCAAACGCUUGGAAAGUGUUACUAUUUGUAGCGGAAUAAUCAUUGACGCCCUUGCAUUUUCUUACUUCGACAAAGAUGGAGAGCGGCACACGACCAGCCUAUGGGGUGGUCUUGGUGGGAGUGUUCAACUGGAAUUAAAGAUGAAAUGGAAACUUUUUUCUUGCAGAUUAAUCUUGAUGAAAGAGAGUAUCUUGUGGAGGUUAUUGGAACAGUGGGUCCAUUCAAUGUGUCAUCCGAGGCUAUAACAUCGCUUACACUUGUGACCAAUGUACGUAGCUAUGGACCUUUUGGGCAGCCACAGGGUACUCCUUUCCGCACUCCACUGAAGAAAAACAGUUGCA